UGUCGAUCAUAGCGUUAGUGUCAAUGCGGAUGUUACAAUGUCAAGUGAUUGGAGUAUCGAAGUAAUCAUUAGUAUUGUUGUAUUAUCAUAGAAGAGUGAGCAGCGAUAUAGCAGGCAAUUGUCGCAUUAAUGUAUAGUGUCGUGUAUGGAUUCUGUGACGAGUUUUGUUAAAGCUCAUCAGAAAGCAUAACAGUCAAAUUUAGGGAAAUUGUGUUUUCAUGGCAACCAACUACGGAACUCAGGGCACGAAUUAAAGAGAAAAAUAUUAAUGAGGCGCACGAUAUUAGAAAAAGAGGAGUGAACGGAGCAUGCGUGAAACACUUGAAAUUGUCGUAUACGCUGAGCGCUAAUACCUUCUGGAAUUACUCUUGGAUCUACUUUUGUCGCUGUUUGCGCUUUUUAUAAAAUAUAUAAAACAAAACAUUUGAGGUCAACAGAUGCUUUUAAAAUGAAUGUUCACAUACAGUAGCGAUGCUAUCUAUGAAACAAAGGGGACAUGUCCGCUUCCUUAUCUUUAAAUUCCGUUGCGUGCUUUCAAUAUCAGAGAUUUCUACGGUCAUUCUUUGAUAAACGAUCGUCAGACCGUUGUAAGUUUUACUUCUGAUAGACUAUUGUUUUGAUAUGAGUCCCAUUUUCGCGAUAUGUGCAAUAUGUUUAGCAGUUCUACCGGAAGUGAGCACAACUGAGCCCGAGUACACGAACACGUGGGCGGUGGAGAUCCCAGGGGGCCCGGAUGUAGCUGCCCUCAUCGCCGCGCAGUAUGGAUAUGAGAUUGUCAGACAGCUGAAGUCGUUUGAUGAUCACUACGUGUUGAGACACGUAGAUGUUCCUCACCGUUCCAAACGCAGCUCCCACCAACACACGAAACGCCUCACACAAGACAUGCGGGUAAAAUGGGCAGAGCAACAAAGUGUGAAGUCUCGCCACAAGCGCGACUAUAUGGUCCCAUCUAAGGCAAUGUUCAACGACCCUUUAUGGCAGAAGCAAUGGUACAUUGUGAGUACAACAGAUUCCGAUGGCCGGAACGGCAACACCGCGCUACCCAAGCUGGACUUGAAUGUUGUCUCCGUGUGGAAAAAGAACAUUACCGGAAAGGGUGUGGUCGUCUGCAUUCUCGAUGAUGGUUUAGAACACAACCAUACAGAUUUAAGUGCUAAUUACGAGCCAAAGGCCAGUUACGACCUAAAUGACAAUGAUGCGGAUCCCUUCCCACGCUACGACCCGACCAAUGAAAAUAAGCAUGGUACGCGAUGUGCCGGAGAAAUAUCAAUGACGGCGAACAACGGCAUGUGCGGCGUGGGCGUGGCCUACAACGCCAAAAUAGCAGGAGUACGGAUGCUGGACGGGACGGUAACGGACGAGGUUGAGGGGGAUGCCCUGGCCAUGGCGCUCGAGCACGUCGACGUCUACAGCGCUUCCUGGGGACCAAACGACGACGGCAAAACCGUAGAGGGGCCCGGAGCACUGGCAUUGAAAGCGCUGAAGAAGGGCAUCACUGAGGGUCGAAAUGGUAAGGGUGUUAUCUAUGCGUGGGCGUCCGGGAACGGCGGCCAUUUGAAGGACAACUGCGACUGUGACGGCUACACCGGAAGUAUCUACACAAUCUCAAUCAACAGCGCCUCCCAGCAGCAGCACACACCCUGGUACGCCGAAAAAUGCGCGUCCACCAUGGCCACGACAUACUCCAGUGGCGCAUACAAUGACCAACGAAUUUGCAGCACGGACCUUCACAACGAGUGUACGCACGGACACACGGGCACUUCGGCCGCCGCCCCGCUAGCCGCGGCUAUCUUCGCGCUUGUCCUUGAGGCCAAUGCUGAUGUGACGUGGCGAGACAUGCAGCACAUCGUCACUUGGACAGCGGAAUAUUCGUCGCUCAAAGACAACGACGGCUGGAUGCAGAACGGUGCCGGCUUCAUGGUAAACCCCAACUUUGGCUUCGGUCUCCUCAAUGCCAACGCCAUGGUGGAGCUGGCCGACCCCCGCACGUGGCGUCGCGUACCGGAGAAGAUGAUCUGCGUGGUCACUUCUAUAAACUCCAACCUCCCCGUUGAGGUGUCAAGCGGACAAGAACUGGAGGUAGUCAUUCAUAGCUCGGGAUGCCGUGACCAGGCGAACAACGUGCGUUACCUGGAGCACAUAGAACUCGUGCUAGACAUGGAGUACUCCACGCGCGGAGACAUUUCCAUAGAUCUCAUCUCGCCUAAAGACACGCGGACGUUGCUGCUGUCAGUGCGGCCAAAUGACCGGUCGACUGUGGGCUUUCAGAACUGGACGUUCAUGUCCACCCACAACUGGGGCGAGGACCCACAUGGUGAAUGGAAACUCAUCGUCAGGGACAAGGCUGGAGCCAAUAACACGGGGCAGAUCAACUCCUUGCAGCUGGUUCUGCACGGCACGCAGCAGCUCCCCUACCACGUGCUCCAGGCCGGGGGACGUCGCAUCUACAACCACAACUAUAAUGACGUCAUCGAAACUAGGAUGUCAAAAAAUAAAAAUCUAGAGAAGCUCAACGAAGAGCUGGGUGAACUCCGGCGGAUCAUCGCAAAUCACAUGUAAACUGGUGCAAUCACAUGUUAUUUAUUUUAAAUAAAGUUUAAAAUGCGUUGCAA